ACUGAACAUCAAACAAGCCGGAUAAACUGGAAUAUGACUACAGCAGGUGACUAUCUUGUUUUAGUAAUAAUUUGAGUUUAGAAUAUUUCUGUAUCCGGAUAUUAUUGAAGCAAGAACAUUCAAAGAAAGGGAUGCCCCGUCGCAUUCUUUCUGACUCUCAUAAAGGCUGGUCGGGAUGGGAAUCUCGCUUUAAUGCUGCACUCAGAAUGAGCAAAUCAAGUAUGUUUUCUACCAGGGUAAAAAAUGAACAGGAGGGAAACCGUUUGUCCAUGAAAUUACGUCAUAUCCGAAAAACCAAACAGAAAACGGAAAACGUAACGAAUAGAGAUAUCAAAGAAACUAAAGAUGAUUUUAUCAAAAUCAUCGCUUCUGGACAAGUUUAUCGAAAGCACCGAUUUGAAAAGUAUGACCCUUAUCUCAAAGACGUCAGAGAACACAGGACCGUAGUAGUGGAUAAGUUCAGGGAUAUAAAGAAGGCAACAAAGAACAUUCGACUAGCAAAUAUGAUCGCAAAAGGUCGUUUGCUUGACCUUGCACCUAUUCCCGAAGAAAGUGGUGAAAUCUCGAUCGGGACCCGUCGUGAGUCGCUAUUUCAUCCGCUUGAUCAGUCAAGUACGGUAGGAUUGAGACGUCCAUCAAUUAACAAUUCUAUUCAGAUGAAUAAUCAAGGAGAUCGUGCAUUUUCUGCAUCUUCACGGUUGACUGACUUUGGAAGCGUCAGAAGUGAACAGCUUCGCGUCAAGGAAUAUUCCCAUCGAAGGAUCAAGAGAAAGGCAAAAACUAUCAUUAUGAGUCGCGACCGAACAAUAUUCCCAGGAGAAUGCAAGUCAACUUAUGAGAUGAGGAAAUUCAUGGCGAAAGAGGCAACUGAUUUUAUCUACUCGUUUUCACCUGAGGGAAGACGGCAAGCUCAGAUAGACAAAUUGAAAAGAGAGGCACAGCUACCAGAAUUUGUAGACCGAACUAAAUCAACUUCAGCCAUACUGCGGCACUAUCAGGAAUACAAAUCCAAUCGAUCUCUUUUGGAACCCAUUUAAAUUAAUGAAUAGUUAUAGAAACCAGAGAUAGUUGUAUGCUGUAGGGAUGUUUCAUGAAUCUAGCUCUUUCAGAAAUACUACCGCAAAGGUUCUGACCCUUCUUAAUAUAGACGUUCGUAAACAGUAUGCCGUGAUUUCCUUAUAUAAUGACGUCACCAACAAACUAUGUACUGGGUGUGUCAGUUUUAAAGGGUUGUUCAAAAGAAACAUGUGAAUAGCAGGUGUAAAUCUAAAUAAAGUAAUACCCGUAAAGAAUACGCGGAAUAAUAUAUAUACAUGUACAUAUAUAAUUGCAUCAUGCAUCAUUUGUCCUAUGAGUCGUCAAUGAUUCAUGGAAAAAAUUGAAAUUCAGAAGGGAAAUCUAGAAAUUUAUGAAAGUGUCGUAAUAAUAGAAUUCAUUAUACUUGCAUUGAACAUGUACAUCCAAUGUGAUCAUUUUCACUGUCGUAUACAUAGUCCUAUCUCUGCUUUUGCUUUUAACCAUUUAUCAGAAUUGCUUCAUGUAGUACAGUAAUAAGGUGUUCGAUUAAAAAUGAUACAGGUAAUUACAUAGCCGUCCGACUUAUUAUCCUAUACAUUAUGAAAUAUUUGUCAUGUAUAAACAUUGACUGUUUCCCUAGUUGGUACAAAUGUGUAUAGCAGUAAAACAAAUCAGUUGAUAUAAUAAAUAGUUAUUUUUGUUUGGAACUAGUAAUGUUUGAAAAACAACAAAGAAUACCGACAUAAUAACUAAACCACGAUUCAAACUAAAAAAUCGAUUAAACCAGCUGGAAAAUAUAAGCAAACAUAUAGAUUUCCAUGAUGACUCCUAAAAAAAAAAUAAACAAACAAAAACAAAAACAAAAAACAAGAAUAUGAUCCAGGUGUUCCGGUAGAAUAAGCGUCCUCUGCUGCAUACACAUCACCUGACCUACAAAUCUAGGUCAAAUCCGGACUAAGUCACAGUGAUUGUUGCGACAACCCACGAGGCAUAUCAACUAACGAGUCUGACUUAAUAUCACACCAGGAAAUAAAUUAUUUCCAAAUGUGAUCUGAUGUUGACCGUAACACUUUACCAUGCAUGACCUUCACCCAACACGGACCUAUAGAAACAGCUUGAAAGAGAGCAAGGAAGAUAUGCAUUAACAAACACAGACGGUCCAUUAUGUGAUCUAGCUAUACACAAAAUUGGGUAAAAGUUGGCCUCUUGCACAACGGAUCUAAGCGCAAAUCUUUAAAGUGAAAUAUUGACGACUUUGUCGUCGCCGUUGUCGGAAAAGUAACUCUUCCUCAGAGGCGAGACAAAAAUGAUGGAUUCAGUAAAGAAUUUUGAAUUAUUAUUUUCACUUAUCUGUUGAGAAAUGAUGACCGGGUAUCAAGCCAACAAUGCAUAGUUAGAUUGUUAUUAUUCUAAUGUUAUCAAUGUAAAGGGAGACAAAGGACGCAAACAAUACGGUGACGAUCACAAUAAGUGACGUCAGUCUGCCGAGUAAAUACCGACAUUAGACAGCAAGUUAUCUAGCCAUACUUAUUCAAAUCAUUAUUGAUUAUUUCAGUUUUGUGAGUUUCACAAUACAAAUCCCAACAGUCAUCGUUUUCUUAUUCAUUGCUGGUGUUAUUCUUUGGACUUAAAAGGGGGUUAUACAUUGUCUCGAAAUCUAUUUGUUGGAAACAGACUAAAUAAAGGAAACAACCCAUUCA